AUGUCUAAUGUCCAUCAUGAGGACUGUGCCUUGUCCAGCCACGCCGACGGGUCUUCUUUCUUCGUGGAAAAUCUGGUGUAUUUCUCCCGUUUAUUUUCAAGACUUCAGAUCAUGGAGCAGUCUUUGUCAAGUGAGAUUCAACAUGUGCUGACUCAAUUCAAAAGGACAUGGGCGCCGUAUUUCCUGGGGAACAUCGAACUAACUCGGAAGGAAUACAGUAAUUGCGGGCGGUGCAAGGUAAACCGCGACACCGCAACAAAGUACGCGCCUUCAAAGUCAACGAGUCCCACUGGUUUCGGCAGCACGAUAAUUCUCGCCUUCGACCCCAUUGUUCGAAAGCCCAGGCCAAGUCAAAAGACCGUCUUGGAAGGGAAGAUGGCGAACGUGCAGUUCGCGAUGGCCGGUGCUCCAAUUCUGAUAAAGAUGUUUGUGAAUAUUGUCAACGUGCCCGUCACGCAAGUCGUGAAUGUCGCACUAUUGGAAAAGACAUUGAAAGUCAACGCCGUUUACUUGUACCAGACAACGCAAAAAAAGAGGCCGAACUGGAAGGAAGUUUUUAAGAUCAUUGAGAAGGACGACGCAAACAAGCUUCGGCAGCAGGUGAAGCACGAGAUGCUGGAGCUGGUGGCACUGCCACAAGAGUCAAAGGACCACAAGCCGGCGUUCCAUGCUGCUCUUGAGAGUACCGCCUCGGAGUGCCUGGAGGUCUGGCUGGAAGCACGCUCCGGCCUGGGUGUCCUAGAUUCGCCAGACAACGACGGAAACACGCCUCUACAUGCAGCGGUGGAGGGUCUUAAUUGUGAUGUCAUCACUAAACUUAUUAAGGCAGGAGCAAAUGUGAACCUACACAAUAAACAGGGUCAUUCCCCCCUUCACCUGCUGCUUUAUGUGGCUGUCGAGGCCAAGAACUUUGAUACACGCGCGUUUGCCGAUUGUCUGGAGGUCCUGCUGGACGCCUGCCGAGGCCUGGACGUCCUAGACUCGCCAGACAACGACGGCAACACGCCUCUACAUGCAGCAGUGAAGGGUCUUAAUUGUGAUCCCAUCAUUAAGCUUAUUAACGCAGGAGCUAAUGUCAACCUACGCAAUGAUAAGGGAAAUUCACCCCUCCACCUGCUGGCUUAUGCGGCGGCCACAGCUGCGAGUGGAGGCGAAUCAGACAGUGCGGAGGCCUCUGCUGCGAGUGGAGGGGAAUCGAGCAGUGCGGAGGCCACUGCUGCGAGUGGAGGGGAAUCAAGCAGUGCGGAGGCCACUGCUGCGAGUGGAGGGGAAUCGAGCAGUGCGGAGGCCACUGCUGCGAGUGGAGGGGAAUCGAGCAGUGCAGAGGCCACUGCUGCGAGUGGAGGGGAAUCAGACAGUGCGGAGGCCACUGCUGCGAGUGGAGGCGAAUCAGACAGUGCGGAGGCCACUGCUGUGAGUGGAAGGGAAUCGAGCAGUGCGGAGGCCACUGCUGCUAGUGGAGGGGAAUCAAGCAGUGCGGAGGCCACUGCUGCGAGUGGAGGGGAAUCGAGCAGUGCGGAGGCCACUGCUGCGAGUGGAGGGGAGGCCACUGCUGCUGCAUUUAUUGAGAACUUCGAUAAAUGCGUUGAUGCUUUGCUCGAAUGUCCAAGUUUGGACUUGGACGCUUUGAAUUACAGCAAGUUCACUCCCCUGCGAGCCGCAGCAGAGCAAAUGCCCAGUAAGACGGGUUCUUUGAAAACGUUUUGCCAGAAGUUGGUGCAGAAAGGAGCAAAUAUCGACGAACACACACGAUCAAUUUUAGUUGAGCAUAGCCUUCCGAACAGUCCGGAUGAGGCCACAACUUUGCCACAGCCUCAAACCGCGACUGCAGAACUACUCAAUCUACUUAUAUGCAACCAAUCUGAAGGAAUUGCUGACAUGUUUAGUGGGGUGUGUGGCUCGCAGGAAGUUCGUGCGGCGGCCAAUUGCUACCUCGGGUCGAAGAAAGUCAUAUGCUACCUUGUUGACCGCUGCAGCGAGACGGGGGUGAUGGCUCUACUUCAGGCCGGGGCCGACCCUUGGUCCAGCAACAGGAACGGCGAGCUUGCCCUCCACAGGGCACUGGCUCGUGGGCACGUGGCUAUCGUGAACCUCCUCAUAAAUGAGAUGAAAGAGAAGAAGAAUAGUAAUCGCAUUGACCUGCGGCACAAAAGUUUUACUCUACUGCAAAAAUUAUUGAAAAAUAACAAAGAUGCUGAUAAAACUGCCACGAAAUCCUAUGAUCCAAAUAAAUAUGAAUGCCUGAACCGCUUGUUUGAAGACGACGUUUUAAUAGAUGUUAAUCAAAAGGAAGAAGGGACUGACAUGAAACAAACGGCUCUCCACAUAGCCUGUAAAAUGAACAACCAGGAUGCCAUGGCGAUUCUUCUUGAACAUGGAGCGUAUCUGGGGGAGCAUCAAAUGAUCGGCGAGCAAGACAAUGGAACGGUUCUUAAUGCUUUAAUGGCCAAAACACUCGAGAAAACCAUGGAUAAUUGCAUCAAGGUUCCUUCCCAAACCAUUGAAAAAAAUGAUACAUUGGAUCCCGAGCGGAAGGAUAGGAUUCUUGAAGAAGAUGCAUUGGAUCUCAAUUACAUUCUCGAGCUGAACUACCAGUUCCUGAUGAGCCCCACCCCCAGAGAGCCCACUAAAGUUCAACAGCUCGAGAACGAAGUUUCGCUGCUAUACGACAUCAGUCAAAGCCACGAACUUCGCAACUCCAUUAAACAUCCACUCAUUCAAACUCUUAUUUACGCCAAAUGGGGGAAGAUCGCGUUCACGAGUAAAAGUUACAUUCGGUGUAUCGAGAACUACUUGGAAUGGUUCUUGAUCAUCGCAUUGCUGGUGUUCUGCUUUGCACCGCUUUCGGCGUCCGCUGCUCAACACCUCAAGGCCUGGGUGUGCAUCGCCUUUUGGUAUAAUUGGCUGCUAAUGUUGGGCCGCCUGCCGCCGUACGACGUCUACGUCGCAAUCCUGCGCCUCGUGUCCUGGAACUUUCUGAAGCUCAUCUUGAUCUUCAUAAUCCCCAUCAUCGCGUUCAGUUCUGGCUAA